AUGAAAGUACUUAUCUUCUUCUUAUUUAUUUUUUAUUCGUUUGCACUUGAUUACUAUAAAGUACUUGGAGUACCUCGUAAUGCCAAUGAAAAAGAAAUUAAGAAGGCAUACAGAGCAUUAUCAUUAAAGUAUCAUCCAGAUAAACCUACUGGUGAUAAAGUCAAAUUUGAAGAGAUCAAUAAAGCUUAUGAAGUUCUUUCUGAUAAAAGACAAAGAGAAAUAUAUGACCAUGGAGGAGAAGAGGCAUUAAAGAAUAAUGGAGGAGGUCCUCACAUGAAUGCACAAGACAUUUUUGAUAAUUUCUUUAGAAAUAAUGGGAAUGAAGGAGGAUUUAGUUUCGAGAAUGGAGGAUUUCAUUUCAAUUUUGGAGGUCAACAACAACCCCAACGACCUAAGAAAACACCAGACAUUCAUAUAGUGAAAGAAAUUACUCUAGAACAAGUUUAUUCUGGAGGAGAUGUAUUUGUGGAGUUUAAAAGAGAAAAAUUGUGCAAUCAUUGUCAUGGAAUUGGAGCAGAAAAUAGUCAUGACGCAGAAAAUUGCCCUGUUUGUGGUGGAACUGGGGUAAAAAUUGAAAGUAUGGGAAUGAUGAGACAAAAAACACAAUGUCCUAAAUGUCAUGGAACAGGUAAAAUUAUUAAAAACAAGUGUCAUGAAUGUCACGGUAAAGGUACUGUUACUAAAUCUAUGAAAGUUCCUGUUCAUGUUAAUCGAAGUGUUAGAGAUGGUGACACUACUAUUAUUCCAGAAUUUGCUAAUGAUGGUUAUAAACUAAAACCAGGGGAUGUUAUUGUAAAAUUUGUGACAAAGCAACACCCAGUAUUUACUAGAAAAGGAAGUGAUUUAUAUGCUAGUGUAACUGUUUCCCUACUAGAAUCAUUGACUGGAUUCCAACGAUCUAUUAAACACUUAGAUGGAAAUACUAUUACUGUUGCUCAACAAAAAAUUACACCACAUGGAACUGUGAUUACUUUCGAAAAUAUGGGUCUUCCUUUAACAGCACAUUCUAAUAGAUAUGGCAAUCUUUAUGUUACCGUUAAUGUAAUGUAUCCAAAUUCAUUAUCUCAAAACCAAAUCACUGAAUUAAAGAAAAUUUUGAAUUAA